UUCGUAUUCCUCAGUUUGAUCCUUUUUCCAUCUUUUCAAAGUGUAGAAAGCUUGUGCCCAUUAGGAAGUUUCGUCUGCUCAAAUUUGACUUCGUACUGCGUUGAGCGUCGUAAAAUAUGCGAUGGAGUUAAAAAUUGUGAUGAUGGAUCGGACGAAUUGGAUUGCGGCGACUUGUUUGAAGACAAAAUGAUAGACGCUCUUUUCCCAAAAAGACCCAGUGCCGAUAGGCAAGAUUGCUCGAAGGCGCCAUGUUACUUACAGAACUCUACGGAACAGUGCAUUUGCUGUGGUUUUACCCUCAUGUGUGCAAAUUUGAAUUGGACAAGUUUACCUGUUCUAAACGAGGACGUGAAAUCUCUUGACAUUUCCGGCAAUAGACUGCAGCAUAUCACCUUCAAAUAUCUACAAUACAUUCCAAAUAUUCAAAAGUUAACGAUUAUGAAUAAUAUGAUUGACUUCAUAGAAGACAAUUCCUUUUCCUCUGCUGCAUCCCUACAAUAUUUAAUUCUUUAUUCGUCUAGAAAACUGGACAAUAAUAACAUACAAAGUUUGGAUAGUGGAGUUUUUUACGGUCUUACUUCCCUUGAGCAUUUAUUUUUAGGCGAUAAUAAACUUGAGUAUAUUGGUGAAAAGGUAUUUUAUGGCCUUGAAAAUUUGGUAGAUUUAUCUCUGGCUAGAAAUUCACUUACAACCUUGGAAUACUUAUUUAAAAACUUAACCUACUUGGAAGCCCUAGAUCUACGAAACAAUGAUUUAGAAAAUUUGGUGAACGAAGAUGUUUUUUCUCCGCUCGAGAAACUUACUGAUAUAUAUCUACCCCAUUUUCACAUGUGCUCUUUAGCUUUACAUGUCAGAAAAUGCUAUCCCAGAGGAGAUGGUAUAUCAAAUCACAAAAAUCUUUUAGCAUCUCCUGUGCUACGAGUAUGCGUUUGGAUAGUAUCUAUUCUAAGUGUGGUCGGUAACAUGAGGGUAAUUGUCAGUCGCAUUCGAUCUAUGAGGAAGAUUAGUCGUGGAAGAGGUCACAGUCUUUUAAUCGUCCAUCUGGCCGUCGCCGAUAUGCUUAUGGGAAUAUAUUUAUUUAUAUUGGCCGUUCAGGAUGCUUUGUUUAGAGGACAUUAUCUGUCAAUGCAGAAGCGCUGGAGAAACAGUUCAACCUGCACUGUAUGUGGUCUGCUUACAACUUCCUCUUAUUUAGCAUCUGCCUUUUUUAUUGGCCUAAUAUCCAUGGAAAGACUUGUGAGCGUAGAGAGACCGUUGCAAACUCUUUCAAGAAAUUUUACGACGCUUCAAGCCUUUACUGUUAUUAUCUGGACCGUAGUAGGAAUUCUUGUAAUCAUGCCUCUUAUACCACAAUUAACAGAUUAUUUUUCUACCACCUAUUACACAAACAAUGGAGCUUGUCUUCCUCUAUAUAUACAUGAACCAAGAGCAGUAGGCUGGCGUUAUUCUGCUGGAACUUUUCUGGCAACAACUUUAUUAUGUUCCAUGCUAGUAUCAAUUGUUUAUCUGAAAAUGUAUACAGCUAUAAGGCGGUCCUCAGCUUCAAUUUCGAGCAGUGGUCACGGAAGAGAGGUUCGACUGGCUAGAAGACGAAUGCUACCCUCUUACAAAGCCGAUUGGCAUCAUCCAAAUCAAUGA